UGCCAUCCAAUACCUGAAGAUUGCUAAUUUUCCCCUGAAACGCAGAUGCCCUCCCUGGCAGCGCUCAGGGGUCUAGGAUGAGCAGUCUUUGGUCCGGGCCCGGGCAAGGGCACCGCAGGCUUAGGCCGCGGGUCCUCCUUGAGCUGGGGCCGCCCCUCUCGCCCUGAGCCGGGGCACGCACGGCUCCUUUCCGAAGCUGCAAGCGCAAAACAGACGGACUUCGCGCGUAAAACUCUAAAAACCGGCCAAGUCCAUAAAAGCGAGAAUGCACCACCAAGAGACCGGCCGUCGGAGCCCGGCCGCCAGGGAACACCUGCGGCACACCUGCCUCCUCCCGCCCAUCCCGCCCCGCUCCGGCCCGGCAGGGCGCUCAGGGGUUAAGCCCCGCCGGGGGCGGAGGCAGCCCGGCCCGGUUUCCAGCGGGAGCAGCGGGGCUGAGCGCGCCCGUCGCCUGGGAGCCGGCGGCGGGAUGUCGCGGGGGCCGCCGGGCACCGGGAUGUCGCGGGGGCCGCCGGGCACCGGGCACCUCAACGACCUGCCCGACGACUCGCCGCCAGUGCGCAGCGCCCUGGCCGAGCUGCGCCGGCGGGCUGAGGCUGAGCCCUGCCAGCGCUGGUCGCAGCCCCUCACCGACUCCUUCCUGGUGAGGUUCCUGCGCGCUCGGGACUUCCACCUGGACCUGAGUUGGAGGUUAUUGAAGAAUUACCAGAAGUGGAAAAUUGAAUGCCCAGAAAUAAGUGCAGAUUUACAACCAUCUUCUAUUCUUGGUCUUUUGAAUGCUGGCUAUCUUGGAGUCCUGAGAUCAAGGGACCCACAUGGAAGCAAAGUUCUAAUAUAUAGAAUUGCACAAUGGGAUCCCAAGUUAUUUACAGCAUAUGAUGUGUUUCGUGUAAGUCUUAUUACAUCUGAACUUAUUGUAAAGGAGAUUGAGACUCAGCGGAAAGGAGUCAAGGUUAUCUUUGAUCUUCAAGGGUGGCAAUUUGCUCACGCAUUUCAGAUCAGUCCAGCAGUGGCCAAGAAUAUUGCUGCUGUGCUCACAGAUUCCUUUCCACUAAAAGUUCGAGGUAUCCACUUGAUUAAUGAGCCUUUAUUCUUCCACCCAGUCUUCGCUCUAAUUAAGCCUUUUCUCACUGAAAAAAUAAAAGAACGGGUGCAUAUGCAUGGACACAACUACAUGCAGAGUCUGACAGAACACUUCCCAGUCAGCAUUCUCCCACAGGAAUAUGGGGGGGAGGAAGUCUCCAUUGAAGAACUGGCCAAGGAAUGGACUGACUUUAUAAUGACGUCUGCAGAUUAUCUUCAGAGCAUUUCUCUGGUUGCCCAGGAAUGACCUUACUACAGUAUUAUAUCAAUUCUUGAACACUGGAAAUGGAAAUAAGUUUUUAAUACAAAAUCCUUCAUGUAAACUUGAAAUGUAAAUGUAAAUUUUCAAUGAAACCAGUAUGUCUUUGCAGGGCACUGAGUAGUACAUCAACUGCACUUUUAUACUAACAAGUCAAGCAGUAUGUACAUCUGAAGAGAUAAAUGAAUUCUGCAUGUUUGCAAUUGUAUGCUAAAAGCUGGAUAGUGCACUGGAUAUCAGGGAUCAAUGCUGCUGCUGUUAGGUCUUUGGAGACAUCUCAUCUGUAAUAAUGCAUCCCAGAACCUUAGCUCUUGUAUCUUGGCUUGUCAAGAUUAUAGGAUACAAAAAAGAACAGGAUGUGAAUGGCGUAGAUGAGUUCAUUGUGGAAGUAUGACUACAAGGCUAAUUUACACGGAGUGAAGAGAGCCUGCUUUUUGGAUUGAUUCUCAGGGAAAAUGGAUGUUUUCUUAGUUUGUGUCAAAGUAAAAAUUAGUCAGCAAUAGUGGGACAUUCGUGUUACUGUGUGCUGCUUGUGCAGCUUUGCUUUUUGUGCUAAUUAACAGUAAUCAUCCAAUUUUGUAGAGGGAGACAGCAGGUACCUAUUCUUCAAACAACAGUAUGAGGAAUCAGAACUUGCAAGAGAGUCAAAAUAACCUUGAAAAUUCUGAUUUUCUUUUUUUUCAAAGAGAUACUGUCUGUGGACGAGCUAAAGCAACUCAUUUACGAUCACCUUAAAUUUAUACUGUAUAGUAUUGAAGAGGUCAAAAGCUCUUAGCUAUUCAGUAUUUUUGGAGGGUGAAAUAGGUUAUCUUUUGUCUUGGAACUUCAGAAGUAUUUGUUGUAUUGUUUAAGUGCACUUGUAAGUCACUUUGGACCUCAGCAUAGGAAAUGCUGGGUAUCCUUAUUUUAUUUUUAGAAAAGCAAUUGGCAACUCAUCAGUUGAUAUCUUCUGUUUUGCACUGGAAGAGAUAAUUUUUUACUUUCCAUGCUCUUCUUUACUUCUGUAGGAGUAAUAAAAAAUAGUCUGAGGAACAGAUUUAUUUUUCUUAAGGGACCUGAUUCAGAUAUGAGCACUGCAUGUGUGAAAGCUAUCACUCAUUACAUAGCAGUAUCAUCCUGCAAUCCUGAAUUUUUAAUAAUAUUUUACUUUUCAGUCAGCUUUUUGUUAAAAGCUCUGUUAGUACACCAACUGCUAGAGUUCAUUUACCCGAUUUUAACUCUGCUUUGUAGUAAGCCAAAGGCUCUUUGCAUAAGCUUUAUAUAUUUAAGCAUUCCAUACGAAUCUUUGCAUAAAUGAAUCCAUUAAAAAAUACUUUGUUUCUCAGGUAGCUUGAGAUGCUUACUACAGUUACUUUGGAAUCUUUAGGACAUUGAGAAGUUAUAUUUAUAAAUGUUUAUGGGAGAGAAAUUAGACUAUCUUGUUAAAUCAAAAGUGUCUUGUUUUAGAUUAUCAUUAAUACUGCAUUAUUGCAAAAGCCAUUUGAAGCUAUUCUUUUUUAGCAGGAGGAACAUCUGUGAAAGGCCCAUAGAGUAUUUGUUUGGUGUAGUUGCUUCAGCUCUGGUAAGGUUGAUGCCAGAUACAAAAUGCUUUCAAAACUAACAGGGACUUUUAAAAUUUUUCUUCCAAUUCCCUUAUUUACUCAAGUGCAUUUUUCAUUCUCUCUCAGAAUAUCUUUUAUAUGGAGCCUAAACUUAAAGAAACAUUUUUCAGAUACAUUUUAAUGUAUUCAUAUAUAUAUUUCAUAUAUCUUUUUCUCAGAUUGAACUAUUUUAUGAUAUAAAACCUCCUUAAAUAGAGGAGUUCAGUGAAGUGCCAAUUCUUGUUUAUAAGAAAAUAAACAAAGUAGUCAGGCAUCUGCCAAUUCUUCAGGUGUGUAACUCAAGUUCCAAAUCAUUUAUGAACUGGACAACUGAAGCUAUUGUCUUAAUUUUAUGCUUUUUCAAUUUCAAUCAUUGAAUGUAAACCACAUACAGGCAUGAACUGUGUUUCAGGGAACAAGAAAAUGUAAACUUCUCAUGCAACCAGUCUCUGAUUGUUGCUGUUUUAUGUGGCAGAGACUUCAUUUGGCUGCAUAUGUGUAUGCACAUGGACAAACCUAGCUGUUUUUUUAAUCUUCAUUUGGACUACACCAGCUCUGUGAAUAUAAAAUCCUAAAUGUCUUUUAACAUAUCUUGAAUCUAUUAUUAAAUGGUAACGUGUUUGCACGACACAACAGUUAGAGCACUGAGUGCAGUUCUUUUUUAACGAACUGUUAAUUAUUUUUAAUGUUUACAUGUUAUAUAGAAGGUAGGAACUAUGUAAGGGGCAAUUGCAGUUCCUGAUAAUAACGACACAAGAUAAUUAGGAUAUUUGCAUAAAAAUGAAGAGAUAUUGGUAGGAUGGGUGGUGGUACAGCACCUUUGAGCUGCAGUCAGCAAAAAGGUAAAAAUUUCUUAAGUGCAUUAUUUAAGAAAAUCAGGAGUGCCUCUAAAAAAAAGUAAUUUGCUGUUCCAUUAUGCAGAUAUCAUUUACUGACUAUAAGCACAAUGUAAUGUACAAUGUUUUUUAAUUUUAUAUGUAUUAACAUUAUUAUAUUAAUAAAACAUUUCUAGCUGAA